AUGUGGAACUCAGCGGAGAAUUUGUCGGUGCGGUCGACGUCGUUCAGGGAGGAUGGGGACGACGAGGAGGCGCUGCGGUGGGCGGCGCUGGAGAGGCUGCCGACGUACGCUCGUGUACGGCGGGGGAUAUUCAGGAACAUCGUGGGUGAUGUGAAGGAGAUCGAUGUGGACAAGCUGGAAAAUGAGGAGCGGAAGGUCCUUCUCGGCCGCCUAUUCGACUCGGUGGAUGAUGAUUGGGAGAGGUUCUUCAACCGUAUGCGACGGCGUUUCGAGAGAGUUGACUUGGAAUUUCCAAAGGUUGAAGUCAGAUUUCAGAACUUGAAAAUUGAAACUUUUGUUCAUGUUGGUAGUAGAGCAUUACCCACCAUUCCAAAUUUUAUUUUCAACAUGACUGAGGGUCUCUUAAGGACUCUAAAGAUAUACUCUGCCAAGAGAAGAAAAUUGGUGAUAUUGGACAAUGUUAGUGGUAUAAUUCGACCUUCCAGGUUGACACUUUUACUUGGUCCUCCGAGCUCUGGAAAGACAACAUUACUGAUGGCUCUUGCUGGACGCCUUAAAUCAGGCCUGCAGGUGACAGGGAAAGUAACUUACAAUGGACAUGGCCUAAAUGAGUUUGUUCCACAAAGGACAUCUGCUUAUGUGAAUCAACAAGAUUGGCAUGCUGCAGAGAUGACAGUUAGGGAAACUCUGGACCUUUCAGCACGCUGUCAGGGUGUUGGAUUCAAGCAUGAUAUGCUUCUGGAACUUUCAAGAAGAGAAAAGAUUGGUGGAAUAAUACCUGAUGAAGAUCUUGACAUAUUCAUAAAGGCAUUGGCUUUGGAGGGAAAGGAGACUGGUCUUGUUGUGGAAUACAUUUUAAAGAUUCUAGGGUUGGAAAUUUGUGCGGACACCCUGGUAGGAGAUGAAAUGCUCAAAGGAAUCUCUGGGGGCCAAAAGAAACGGCUCACAACAGGUGAAUUGUUAGUAGGUCCAACAAGAGUUCUGUUCAUGGAUGAAAUUUCAACUGGGCUUGAUAGUUCAAGUACUUACCAAAUCAUCAGAUAUCUUAGGCAUUCAACCCGUGCUCUAGAUGGAACGGCAAUCAUUUCUCUUCUUCAACCUGCUCCAGAAACAUUUGAGUUAUUUGAUGAUAUUAUACUCUUGUCUGAAGGGCAGAUAGUGUAUCAGGGUCCGCGUGAGGAUGUACUUGAUUUUUUUUCAUCUAUGGGAUUCCACUGCCCAGAGCGCAAAAAUGUUGCAGACUUCCUUCAAGAAGUUGUAUCCAAGAAGGACCAGCAGCAGUACUGGAAUGUGGCUGAUCGCCCUUUCCGAUACACUCCUGUGGCAAAAUUUGCUGAAGCUUUUCGUUCAUACCGGAUAGGGAAAAGUUUAUCUGAAGAGCUGGGUAUUCCUUUUGACAGAAGGUAUAAUCAUCCAGCAGCCUUAUCAACUUCCAAGUAUGGAGUAAGCAGGAGAGAACUUCUAAGAACAAGCUUUGACUGGCAGCUGCUGCUAAUGAAGAGGAACUCAUUUAUCUACGUUUUUAAAUUUAUUCAGCUCCUUCUGGUUGCGUUGAUUACAAUGAGUGUCUUUUUCCGCACAACCCUGCAUCGUAACACAAUUGAUGAUGGAGGCCUCUUUCUUGGGGCUCUGUAUUUUUCAAUGGUUAUUAUUCUUUUCAAUGGAUUUACUGAAGUUUCGAUGCUGGUUGCCAAGCUUCCAGUUCUUUACAAGCAUAGGGACUUGCAUUUCUACCCUUGCUGGGCCUACACUCUUCCUUCUUGGAUCUUGAGUAUUCCCACAUCAUUAAUAGAAUCUGGUUUCUGGGUGUUAGUUACCUAUUAUGUGGUUGGAUAUGAUCCAAAUAUUAUAAGAUUUUUUCGGCAGUUCUUGCUAUUUUUCUUUCUCCACCAAAUGUCUCUUGCCCUUUUUCGUUUAAUGGGAGCGCUUGGCCGCAACAUGAUUGUUGCAAAUACAUUUGGAUCUUUUGCCAUGUUAAUUGUAAUGGUGCUUGGAGGAUACAUUGUUUCAAGAGACAGAAUACCAAGUUGGUGGAUCUGGGGUUUUUGGAUUUCACCACUGAUGUAUGCUCAAGAUGCGGCUUCUGUGAAUGAAUUUCUUGGUCAUUCUUGGGACAAAAGAUUUAGCAACAACUCUAACUUGAAUCUAGGAGAGGCAGUAUUGAAGGCACGCAGUUUGUUCCCACAGAGCUAUUGGUACUGGAUUGGCCUUGGAGCAUUACUUGGAUAUACAAUUUUGUUCAACUCCUUAUUCACAUUCUUCCUGGCCUACCUUGACCCUAUGGUGAAACAUCAAGCUGUUCUUGCUGAGGAAGAUGUUCAAGACAGUAAUAUUGCUAGGAAGGAUGAACCAGUUAUUAUUCAGUUAAGAGAAUACUUGAAGUUUUCAGGCUCACUGGCUAGAAAAAGUUUCAAACAGAAAGGCAUGGUUCUUCCAUUUCAACCACUUUCCAUGUCUUUCAGCAAUAUCAAUUAUUAUGUUGAUGUGCCCCUGGUACAUGCAUCUCUAAUUUCUGUUAUGAGAUCUAUUUGCACUCCUUUGGUUGAAACUACUUACCUGUAUCAUAUGCUUCAGGAACUGAAACAACAAGGCAUACUGGAAGACCGAUUGCAACUGUUGGUUAAUGUGACUGGAGCAUUUAGACCUGGUGUGCUCACCGCAUUGGUUGGUGUAAGUGGUGCUGGUAAAACCACUCUCAUGGAUGUGCUAGCUGGUAGAAAAACCGGUGGGGUCAUUGAAGGGAAUAUUCAUAUAUCUGGCCACCCCAAAAAGCAAGAGACUUUUGCUAGAAUUUCUGGUUACUGUGAGCAGAAUGAUAUUCAUUCUCCUUGUUUGACUGUUGUUGAAUCUCUACUGUUCUCUGCUUGGCUACGUUUAGCAUCAGAUGUUGAUUUGGAAACUCAGAAGGCAUUUGUUGAGGAAGUAAUGGAGCUUGUGGAGCUAACUCCACUAAGGGGAGCAUUGGUUGGCCUACCUGGAGUUGACGGAUUAUCAACGGAGCAAAGAAAACGGCUCACUAUUGCUGUUGAAUUGGUGGCGAACCCUUCAAUUGUGUUUAUGGAUGAACCUACAUCAGGGUUGGAUGCAAGAGCUGCAGCAAUUGUGAUGAGGACUGUACGAAAUAUUGUAAACACUGGCCGAACAAUUGUUUGCACAAUCCAUCAGCCCAGUAUUGAUAUUUUUGAAUCCUUUGAUGAGCUCUUGUUAAUGAAGCGGGGUGGAGAGCUCAUUUAUGCUGGAGUGCUUGGUCCUAAAUCUUGCAAGCUGAUCGAGUAUUUUGAGGCAAUUGAUGGAGUGCCAAAAAUCAGGCCUGGUUAUAACCCUGCCACAUGGAUGCUAGAGGUUACAUCAUCAAUUGAAGAAGCCCGACUUGGUGUUGAUUUUGCAGAUAUAUAUCGAAAAUCCAAUCUAUUUCAGUAUAAUAAAGUGUUGGUUGAAAGGCUAAGCAGGCCAAGCCAAGAUUCAAAGGAUUUGAGUUUCCCUACCAAGUAUUCCAAAUCGUAUUUUCAUCAGUUUAUGGCCUGCCUGUGGAAGCAAAACCUGUCUUACUGGAGAAACCCACAAUACACUGCAGUUCGCUUCUUCUAUACACUCAUUAUAUCAUUAAUGUUAGGGACAAUAUGUUGGAGAUUUGGCUCUGAAAGAGAAACACAGCAGGAUAUAUUCAAUGCCAUGGGAUCCAUAUAUGCGGCAGUACUCUUCAUUGGAAUCACAAAUGCCACUGCUGUUCAACCUGUUGUCUCAGUUGAAAGAUUUGUCUCGUAUAGAGAGAGAGCUGCAGGGAUGUAUUCAGCAUUACCAUUUGCAUUUGCCCAGGUUGCUAUUGAGUUCCCAUACGUGUUUGGCCAAACACUAAUCUACAGCGCUAUAUUCUAUUCCAUGGCGGCUUUUGAAUGGUCUGCUACAAAAUUUAUUUGGUAUAUAUUCUUUAUGUAUUUUACAGUUUUGUACUUCACCUUUUAUGGAAUGAUGACAACUGCCGUGACGCCCAAUCACAAUGUGGCUGCCAUUAUCGCCGCUCCUUUCUAUAUGCUAUGGAACCUUUUCAGCGGAUUUAUGAUACCUCACAAGAGAAUACCGAUAUGGUGGAGAUGGUAUUACUGGGCAAAUCCGGUGGCCUGGAGUCUUUACGGGCUUGUUGCUUCCCAGUAUAGUGACAGCGAAAAACCGAUUAAAGUAUCAGAUGGGGUGGAGUCCAUUCCUUUGAAGCUAUUAGUGAAGGUUGUGUUCGGAUACAGGCAUGAUUUCAUUGGCAUUGCUGGUUUUAUGGUGGUGGGCUUUUGCAUUUUAUUUGCAGUUAUUUUUGCGUAUGCAAUAAAAUCCUUCAACUUCCAAAAGAGGUGAGAUAUGAUUUCUGGGAAUGAAUUGAAGAAAAUAUAUAUAAUGCACCCAUGGCGACAGAUUGUUGAUAAUAGUGGGAUAUGUACAGACAGUUGAGUGUAUGAUAAUAUAUUAUUGAUAACUCUCUAGAUACAUACUCCAGUAGUCAUUCAUUAUUCAACGCGCGUGACGGAAUAAUGCAAGUUCAUUUUUGGCUAAUUACUUUUUUA